AUGAGCGGACAGGAUGUGUCUGUGCGUGAGGCGCAGCAAUUGGAGCCCAUUGACACGCAGGACGAGGCGGAGCUCUCGUUGAGGGAGCCCGGCUCCGCGCUGGAGGUGGUGAAGAGCAUCCAACAAUUUCAUGAGUUGUUUCAGAGCGGUGCCCUCAGCGAGGAGGAGUUCCGAAGCGCAAAGGCCCGUCUUCUUCGUUUGGAUGGCCCGCUUCUCAGCGAAGCGAGCUCGCGGGUGUCAUAUUUUUCGGAGAGGCCGCAUCAUCGUCGAAGACGUGGUAGAGGCAGCAAGGACUCGCGUUUCAGCGGCGCCUCCACGAAACAUGAUGAACGGGGUAAAAGCCACAGCAGCAGCAGCAAAAACAAAAACAACAACACCAUUAGUAGUAGUAGUAGUAGUAGUAGUAGUACUAGCAGCAGCAGUAGUACUAGCAGCAGUGGUAGCAGCAAAUCGACGGACUUUAUGAUUGCCCCACGUGCCCAAGUAUGGCAUUUACUCAUCUCUGAAAGUGACACGGACAACACGAUCGCUACCACAAAUGGUGCUACUGGCGUGGAGACGUCCGUUGUUCCAUUUCUUUCUGCGGGGGAUGAGAAGGAACAGCCGUCGGUACUAGGGGCCGUCCCAGCAUGGGAGACGAUGCAGUCAUCCUCACCAACUGUCCAGCAACGACGGUACGGCACAUUUCAUUCGCAGUGGAAAAUCCAGAGGAUGAGUUUACCGCUGCCACAGGGACGAUUGCGUGUGCCGCUGCGGUCAAGCCAGGAGGUACGCGUUGAAUACUUCAAUUGCCUUGGCGCCAGUGGCGACCGGUUUAGUGAUGUCAUGCUACGCGAGGAAGAGUUACGUCCUCCGUACUUUUUGAGGAAGCGUGGGGCCGCGCCUAUGGACACAAGAGAAUCAGGGGUGGAUUUGACGGUUGUGAUGGGGCAGGAAUGGAAGGCAGGGGAGGAGUUGACAACAUCGAGCAAUUCGGCAAAUUCGAAUUUGGAGAUGUGUCUGAACUGGUACUGGAUUGACAUGGUGGGCCGUGACGCCUCGCUGCGGAAGUACAAGAGCGCCCUUCGUUUUCUUACCAAACGGUUUAACAUUUGUGAGUCCUUUUUGAUAGAUCGGGAUCAUAGCAUUGUAAUGCCACAAAUCUGCGCCUCACCGAAGGUGCCCACGCAAUUUCUUGUUUGCCUGCGUGUUGCCACCCCGCAGAUUGCUCUGGACUCCGACAGCGUGCUGGAGCUCACGAACCGCUGGAUCAUUGUAGUGGACCUGAGCCAGAAGCUUGUCAUCACUAUUCACCACAUGGACUGUGCAUGUCUGGCGAAUAUGCGAAAUCAAUGGAGUUCUGUGAUGAAAGGCAGCAACAUUGCGUUUCAGGAAUUUCUCUUUAAACUCUUCCACGACGCGGUGAACACAUAUGAGAGCUCUUUAGAGGCUCACGCAAAUCUUUUGGAUUUGUGCGAGUCGAAACUUUUCUUUUCCGGGUGCGUUGGGUUGUGCAAGGCUUCCCGCGAGGAGGAGCAUCGGCAGGACCAACUCUCGGAUCGGAAAGUUCUUUCAUACUUUGCAAACAGUUCCCAUUCUUCAUUUCUAACGCAGCUACUUGACCACAAGAGCACAAAGCCUGUGGAUAAGAGUGUCAUGAACAUGUUUCUCUACCACUUGCAUUGCCGCACGAAUGCUCAGUAUCGUACACUCAGCAUCACACAGACUGUGCUUGCAGAAAGCUUUACCAAACUCCGUCUAUGUAGCAAGGAGCAUGCGAAUCAGAUGUGUGUGCAUUGCAUUGAACUUAUUAAUCAAUCUUUGGAGAUUCGUGACGAGGCAAAGACGCUCCUGAACCUACACAUUUCCCUUCAGUCAUUCCGCUCCAACGAAUUGAUGGCUGUCCUGACAAAAUUCUCCGUUUUCUUUACGCCAUGUUCAUUCCUUGCGGCCGUGUAUGGGAUGAACUUUACACGCAUCCCGGAGUUUAGGUGGGACUACGGCUACUACUACUUUUGGAUUGCCUGCCUGGGAAUGUGCCUUCUCAUCUAUGUCUACAUGGGGAGGCGCGGACUGCUGCACUGA